AAUAUGGGACAAGGAAACGGAAAAAGUCGGCUUAUUGUUCAUGGAACAAAUGAAUAUUUAAUAGACAGCAAAAAGGAGUUUUGUUUGCUAAACAUAAGAAAUUCUGUACGCAUUAAGAAUAUAUACAGCGGUCCGAAUAACAUAAUAAUAAUUUACGAAAAUGACGAUUUCGAAAUAGUUGGGUUAAACAAUUGCGGUCAAUUAGGUUUAGGAGAUAAGGUGAAUAGAAAUAAAUUAACAAUCAAUCCUAUAAUGUCUAAACAAAAAAUACGAAAAAUAUCCUGUGGACAUGAACAUGUAAUUGCCUUGUUGUAUAACCACAAUAUUUUUGUAUGGGGAAAUAAUCAAUAUGGUCAAUUAGGCAUAGGAAAUAAUACAGAAGAAAUUAGUACCCCUUUACUCAUUUUUUUUAAUGAAAAAGUUAUUGAUAUCGCUUGUGGAAAAAAUCAUUCUAUUUUUUUAACCGAAUAUGAAGACAUUAAUGUUAACACUUACUCCAAUGAUGCAAAAGUAAAAAAGGAUGGUCCAGAUUAUCGUAAUUCAGGCAUUACAAAAGAAAAAAAAAAACUACGCACAAACUGCUUACACGAAUUUGAUAUAAACAUUAAUGAUGAUAUAAGCAGCACCCUUAAAUGGGAACUCAUUGAAAAGGGUGUUCUAGGUUCAGGGAAUGAAAAUAAUCCAGAGAGGGUCCGGAUGGAGGUGGAAAUGGAAGACGAGGAGGAGGAAGAGGAGGAAGAAGAGGAGGAAGAAGAAGAGAAGGCGGAGGACGAAGAAGAGGGAGAAGCUGAAGUAAAAGUAGAAGUAGAAGACGAGGAGGAGGAAGAGGAGGAAGAAGAAGACUUAGAUGACAAUGAUGAAGAAGAAGCAAAUGACCAAAAGAACAAAACAACAUCAAAUGAGGAAAUAAAUUCAAAGAUGAAAAUAAGUUCAAACGAGAAAACAAGUUCUAAGGCCAAAUCAAGUCCAACGAGUAACAUAAAUUUUAGCAUCUACGCCUGCGGGUCAGGCGCACGUGGAAAACUUGGCUUUAAAAAGGAAGAAAAUGUUUAUUUCCCCAAGAAGAUUGAGAUAAAAAAAAAGUUAAAAGUAAAGAGUAUAUAUUCUAGUUACAACCACAAUGCGUUAUUAACAAAGCAGGGAAGAUUAUACACAUGGGGAUAUAACAAAAGUGGGGAUUUAGGCAUAAAUAAUAAAAAAUCAAGUUAUAAAAUAAAAAAAUUAAAAUUUAUAAAUGAUAUAAUUAUAAAAGUAUCUCUAGGAAAAUUAUAUUCAGCUUGUUUAACAAAAAAUAAUAUUUUUUAUGUUUGGGGAAAUAAUAUCGAUGGAAUAAAAAAUAUGAACUUAUCUAAUUUUCGAAUUAAAGAAUUUUCCUGUAAUGAAGAUAAUAUUAUUAUAUUGACUGAGGAUAAUAAUUUAUUUUUACUUGAUUCUUCCAAAAGAGUUCAAUAUAUGAAUAAGUUAAUACUGACAAAGUUAUUAUCUGGUCUUAAAUCAAAUGUUAACUACAUUCAAUAUAAUUUUAUAGGAAAUGGUUUUAACUAUAUAUAUGCUUAUAUUAGUAUUAAUAAAGAAAUUAAGACAAAAAAUGAUUUUAAAAAAAUUAACCAUAAUGAGAAAUGUAAUUUAGCGCAAAUAAAUAAUGCCACUAUUGACAAGGCAAAAAAGGAAACAAUAAUAUUUUUAGAUAAAAAUGAAUUAACACAUUUAACUGUAAUGCAGGAAAAAAAAAAUUGUGUUGAAACUAGCAAAUGUGCACCUCUUUAUAAUAAUAAUUAUAACAAUAAUCCAAACAUUUUAAAUAAUAUAGGCACAGAUGUAAUUAUCGAUGAAUGGGAUGAACAAGAUGAAGGGAUCACCUCACUAGGGGUAUUAUGUAAUAAAACGCAGGAGGGUAAUGAAAAUGGAGAUGUAGGAGAUGACUUAUGCUUAACAAAUGAGGAGAAAAGAGAAGGAGAAAAAAGAAUGGAACAACGAAAGGAAAAAAUAGAAAAUGAGGAAGAUGAAGAAGUAAGGAAGGACAAACGAUAUGAUGUAAUGGAAAAUACAUUUAUUGGCUGUGAAUUGAGGGGGAAUGCAUUUAUUGUAAGCGAGACGGGAAAUUCAUUUACUAACAAUGAGUUCCGGAAUGAUGGACACGGUUUCGAAUUUGAUAAAAUACAAUUAAAACAUGAAAGACACGCCAACUUACCUUCUCUUAAAGUAGAUAAUGGCAGAAAUGUUUUGAGAUCAAUUGAUAAAUUUGGAAAGAAUAUAAAUAAAUUAAAAAAACACAGUUCAUAUACUAAUGAUUCUAAAAAAGGUAUGGAAAGUAACACCACAUCUGAUAAUUCCAUAUAUGCCGAAAAAAAAGGGGAUGAUAAGAAGAAAAGCAAUAAAUAUAAAUUUCAUAACCUUGGGAAUACCCCAAUAGAACUUAUUACUCAAAAUAAUAAAAAAGAUCUGAACAAUGUAAAUAAUAUAGAAUAUAUUAUAAAUAAUAUAAAUUAUAUCAACUUAGAUAUGAUAAAUGUAGAAGAUGUCUCUAUAGAUUACGAAUUUUUGCAAAAACAAAUUAACCAUUCUACAAAUAAUAAUACUAAUUAUAUAGAUUAUUUAAAUAUUGAUAGUGAACUAAUAUCCAAAUGUGAUGUUUUAGGUAUUAUGGGAAAAAAUUUUCAUCAUUCUAUUUCAGAAAAUAAAUACAUUAAUUUAAAUAUUAUUCUGUUAAAUGAGCUAAAAAAGCAAAAAAAAAUAAACAUAGUUUAUGGACAUUUAUUAGGUAAGCUCUUAAACGAAUUAAAUCUCUUAAGGAAUGAAAACAAAAAUACCUCCUCUAGGAAAAACUUGUAA